CAAAGCCACUUCUUCAUCACUGUCGGUAGCCAUGCGUUUCAGCCACGACCCCGCAGCUCUCCAGCUUUGCGCAAGCAGCUCCGUGUUCGAGAGCGACGACUCCGGCCCUGCAGACGUGGAGCAGUUGGCCGAGCUGCGCUCCCCGAGUUCAGGGCCCUCCAGCCCGGUGUCCGUGAACUCGGACUCCAGCUGCACCAGCCCUGAAGCCACGUCGGCCUCUACGCAGAUGAGGGUCAGGAGACCCUUGAACGCCUUCAUCAUCUGGACCAAAGAGGAGCGCCGACGGCUGGCGCAGCUCAACCCAGACCUGGAGAACACCGACCUGAGCAAAAUACUCGGAAAGACCUGGAAGGCCAUGUCCUUGGCUGAGAAGCGCCCCUACAUGCAGGAGGCUGAGCGUCUGAGGGUCCAGCACACCAUCGAUUAUCCCAACUACAAGUACAGACCCCGCAGGAGGAAGCAGCUGAAGAAGAGCUCCAAACCGCAGGCCACGGACACUUCUCUCCCCUCACUCUGCAGCUCAGGCCUCACAGUGCCCUACAACCUCACCUACCUGCUCCAGAACCAGCAGCAGAACUUCCCAAUCACACCCACUUUACCAGCUAACUUCACCCCACUGUACAGCAGCUACCAAAGCACUCCAGUCUUCCCAGACUCAGCAUCAGCAGCAAUUGCUGCAGAAGCCUUCUCAAAUAAGCCAGUGGUGUACUCAGUUCCACCUGCAUACCCCGCAGAGCACCAGCUGUAUUUUGGCAGUCAGCACGGGCACAUGCAGUAUAGUUUCUCUGCAGGGGCCCAUGUUGAGCAGGGGGAGUCCAGGGUUUAUGGGGGCCCACUGAGUCCAGCUGGGCCCUCCCUCGAGUUUUACUUGGAGCAGGUUCAGAUGGACAUGCUGUACGAUCUGGAUCGUAGCGAGUUUGAACAGUACCUGGGUCCUCCUCCACACAGGCCUCAGUCGGUGGAUCCCAGCAGCUACCAUCAGCAGAGCAGCCACAGAGAGGGACGCUUACUGUCAUGA